AUGAGUGCUGUUACGAACGCAAAAGCUGUGUUGAAAGAAACGGUGAAAACGACUGCUGGUGUUUUAAUAGCAAGCAGAAAGCCAACACUAACCAGUGCAGCCUUCCAGGGAUUAUUUGGCCUGACAGAUAUGCUUGAGAAAAAAGGCAGAAGGAUUGGUGAAGGUGGUACAAAAACAAAUGUCUACUCUGAUGGUCCCUCUGGCUGGACAACUUCUGUGGAAGCAGUUAACUGGGAGGCACGAGAGCCAGAAAUGCCAGCUCCCUACAGACCUCCCUUACGUGGACUUGAGAAGGAAACAAGCAGUCUGGGUUCUGCUGCGAUAGAUCUUGCUGAUAAUGCUGAAGAAAGGCUUUAUGCUACUGAAAGUAAUGAGCUCUCUUGGUUUAAAACAACUCUUCCUACUGUUGGAGAUGCUUAUGUGUCUGGAAACCUUUCAGACCGCUGGAAAGAUGCUCAGGAUGUCAGCUUCAAUGCGGUGCAAAACAUCUUUCAGGACAGAGAGCAUCAGAUUUUUCUUAUGGUACUGGGUGCUGUCGUGCUUUGGGAGCUGUUGGCUACGUCUCUGGAAUGGACAGUGGAUGAGAGUCUCUAUGAAUAUCUCGACUUCGUUGACGCGACUGACAGGUAUGGCAAGCUGUGGAUUUGGAGUUACCUGGGUGCAUCUGUAGGUGCCUGCAGCAUUGCCAUAUUCGUGGAUCAACUGAAUUGCUUCCUCAGCAGUACAAUCACCCGCCUCGCUGUCCAUUUCUAUGGCUAUGCUCUCCUGAUAACACUCUCGUUGUUCAUCAGUGUCUUUUUUCCUGUCCAUGUUCCCAAGAGAACUGACCGUGUUAAUAAAACCGCCAAAGCCUUGGCCCUGCUGUGGAGCGACAGCCGAGCGAUCCUGUACGCCAUCACAGUCUUCCUCGCUGGCGCAGCUGGAUCUGCGGUACAGAACUUUCUCUUCUGGCAGAUGCAGGACCUAGGCAGCAGUGAGCUGUACAUGGGGCUCUCUGUGGCCGUUGGGCUGCUUGCUGAAAUUUUGCUUUAUUUCUUCAAAGGGAAGUUGCUGAGGAGUUUCUCGAGCAGCAAAAUUGUUGCAGUCAGUCUAAGCUUCCUGGCAGUACAGCUGCUGUGCUACUCCUUCUUGUGGACUGCGUGGUCAGUUCUCCUCAUCCAGAUUUUAUCCGCCUUCAGUAGCGGUGCUUUGUGGUGGGUGGUUAACAUGACGGUGGAUGACAUAGCCACUCCAGGCAUGGAGAGGUCCCUGCACAGUGUUCUCCAGGGCCUCUGCUACGGUGGAGGAGCAAGCGUGGGCAGUUUUGCAGGGGGAUUUGUCGUGAAGCACUUUGGCCUGGCAGUUCUCUACAGGGCGUGCUGUGUGUGCCUGGUACUGUGGCUCUUCUUAAUCUUAAUUGUCCAGUCUAAAUUGCCGCGGCAGAAAAAGAUCAAUUAUUCUCGUCUCUUGGCUGCUGAUUCCAGCGAUAUGAGUGACUCUGACGAGGAGAAUGAGAGGGACUGGCUGGUAAAAGCUAUGAAAGAUGAAAUCUUUAAUAGGAAUUGGUCACAACAGCAUGGGAUCAACUAA